AUGGUUUUAGAUAUAAAUUUAUUUCGUAAAGAGAAAGGAGGAAAUCCUGAUAAGAUAAAAGAGUCUGAAAGGAAACGUUAUCAUGAUGAAAGUAAUGUAGAUAAAGUAAUUGAAUGUGAUGAUAAGUGGAGGAAGUGUAUAUUUGAAUUAGAAGAAUUAAAAAAAAAUAUGAAUAUGAUAAAUAAAGAGAUAGGAAAUAAAAAGAAGGCUGAUAAGAAUGCUGAUGUUGAAGAUUUGAAAAAGAAGAGUUUAAAUAUAAAGGAAGAAAUACCUAAAUAUCAAUUGAAAGAAAAAGAAUUAUUAAAAGAAAGAAAUAAGUAUAUAAGUAAGAUAGGUAAUUUAUUAAAUAUUAAAGUAGUAUGUUCAGAUAAUGAAGAUAAUAAUAAGAUAGUUAAAACAUGGGGUGAAUGUAAAAUACUUGCACCAUGUGAAGAAACUGAUAGUAGUAUACAUGAUAAUGUAAUAAAUAAUAAUAAUAUUAAAAGAGAAACAUUAAAUAAUGAAAUUGAAAAUAAAAAAAAAAUAAAAUAUUAUUAUCAUUAUGAUUUAUUAAGAAAAAUAGGUGGAGCUAAUUUUAAAAAAGGUAUACAAGUAGCAGGUCAUCGUGGUUAUUAUUUAACAGGUGCAGGUUUCUUAUUACAUAAUGCUAUACUACAAUAUGCUUUAAAUUUUUUAGUUAAUAAAAAAUAUGUACCAGUAUAUCCUCCAUUUUUUAUGAAAAAAAAUAUUAUGGAAGAAUGUGCUGAACUUGAUGAUUUUGAAGAAACACUUUAUAAAAUAUCAUCUACAUCAAAUUCAGCAUUAUCAUCUCAACAAUUAUCAUCAUCACCUACAAAUGUGAAAAAUGAUACAGCAUGUAGCCCUCAGAAAAAAACAAAUAUUCCAUCAAAUGAAGAUUUAACAAGAGAUGAUUUAUUUUUAAUAGCUACCUCAGAACAACCAUUAUGUGCCUUACAUAAAGAUGAAACUAUAGAAUCAAAAAGGUUGCCACUAAAAUAUGCAGGAUUAUCUUCUUGCUUUAGAAAAGAAGCAGGGGCACAUGGAAAGGAUAUUAGAGGAAUCUUACGUGUUCAUCAAUUUGAUAAGGUUGAACAGUUUUGUAUUUCCUUACCACAAAAUAGUAAUAAAGUACAUGAAGAAAUGAUUAAAACAUGUGAAGAAUUUUAUCAAUCUUUAAAUAUACCAUAUAGAAUUGUUAGUAUUGUAUCAGGAGCUUUAAAUAACGCAGCUUCUAUUAAAUAUGAUUUAGAAGGAUUCUUUCCUACUAGUAAUCAAUAUAGAGAAUUAGUAUCUUGUAGUAAUUGCACAGAUUAUCAAAGUAUUAAUCUUAAUAUAAGAUAUUCAGAUUCAAGUAUUAAAAUUAAUGAUUUAAAUAAAAAUACAAACCUAAAUGAUGAAAUGGAUACUGAAUAUGAACAGUUUUUAAAGAAUUUUCACACAGAAAAUAAAUAUCAUGUUCAUCUAUUAAAUGGAACAAUGGUAGCUGCACAAAGAUUCUUAUGUUGUCUACUAGAAAAUUAUCAAAACGGAGAAGGUAUUGUAGUUCCAGAAAAAUUACGCCCAUACAUGAACAACAUGGAUUUUAUACCCUUUACGGAGUGA